AUGGCCUCGGAACAUCUCUCUUAUCCAGCUCCAGAACCAUCUUCGUCAACUUCCACUGCAACGCCAGCGAAAGAAAGGAUACUGAAGGAUAGAAUCUACGUUGGAAACUUACACCCAUCUAUCGACGAAUACUCUCUUCUUCAAGCCUUCUCGAAAUUUGGCAAAAUCUCUAAAUUGGACUUUCUCUUUCACAAGGCUGGUCCGCACAAGGGCAAACCUCGAGGUUAUGCAUUCGUGGAGUAUGAGAACGCCAACGAUGCUGCUAAAGCUCUCGCAUCAGCGCACGAUAAACCUCUUCGCGGUCGCUCCCUUGUCGUAACAUACGCUCAUCAAGCACCCCUAGAUCAAGCCGGUGGCUUGGGGGUGAAACGGAAGUCGAUGAUGGAGAGUGGACGUCCCACGACAUUGAGCAUGAUCAAAGGACGACAUAAGGACAAGUGCGUCUUUCAUUCUGUUGUAGAUCUCUUGUCGACCGGACUGAUUUACUUUCAUAGGACGCAAGACAAGAUUGCUAUGAUGGAAGCCAAGCUUCGUCAAAUGGAAGGUAUUGAACAUGCUAUACCGCAUCAUCCCUCGCUGCCCGCAAAACCUCCUGCUCCGAUAAAUUCACUGCCCAUGAAGCCAGAUGAAAGCUCCUUGCAGGCUGUGUCUAUGUCUGAUGCGAAAUCCAUGGUCAUAGAAAUUCCAGUCACUGCGAAGCUACCAGAAAAGCCGAUGCUGGUGCCUAAGCAGGUAGAAGUUAAAAAGCGAGUAUCUUUGGCUGGGGUGAAAAUCGUGAAAUCGCAGCGAAAGGAGGGAUGA